CUCGGCUCCACGCUGCUGUGGCUGGAGCAGAGCGUGGACCUUUUUCCUAUAACCACACGUCGCGCGGCCUUAAACCAACAUAAAACAUCGCUAUUGAUCGAUAAACGCCGUCUUCAUCGGGUCACUGUGGUCUCUGACCCGCGCUGAUAUCGCGUUUAUUUGCAUUUAAUCAACGAUAUUCGCAUCCUUUUGAUCAUCUCGGAGAGCAGCGUGGUUCUCACGUGGGCACACCGGCAAGUACGCGCGCUCGCUCCACGGCUCAUCCAGUUCGCUUCUUAUAGUUUAUGCUAUAUAGAUCGAGUUCCGUGGUAACGUUUAAGCUUAAGUAGUGCUAACGAGCAAACAUGUUGGUUAAAACGGCAUCUUUAGUUUUGGAGGAUGGGACGGUGUUUAAUGGCAGGCUGUUUGGCGCCGUUGCCUCUGUGUCUGGUGAAGUUGUUUUCCAGACAGGAAUGGUGGGUUAUCCUGAAGCUCUAACGGAUCCAUCAUACAAGUCUCAAAUACUUACUCUGACAUACCCACUAAUUGGCAAUUACGGCAUUCCUGAUGAUGAAGAUGGAGAGUUUGGACUCAGCAAGUGGUUUGAAUCGUCCAAAAUCCAUGCUGCUGCUCUCAUUGUGGGAGAGGUUUCUGAAAAUCCCAGUCACUGGAGCUCAGCCAAGUCUCUGGAUCAGUGGCUUAAAGAGCAGGGCAUCCCGGGACUAGAAGGUGUUGACACUCGUCGCUUGACCAAAAAAAUCAGAGAAAAGGGAACCAUGUUGGGAAAACUUGUGGUGGAAGGAACUUCAGCAUCCGACAUUCCAUUUGAAAAUCCGGACACUAGAAACCUUGUUAAAGAAGUUUCCAUGAAAGAACCAAGGGUUUUUAAUCCAGAAGGUACAGUGAAAAUCACUGCCAUAGAUUGUGGUAUAAAGUACAACCAGAUUCGUUGCCUUUGCCAAAGAGGAGCCCGGGUCACCUUGGUUCCUUGGGAUCAUCCACUGGAUGUCAAUGACUUUGAUGGACUCUUUAUCAGUAAUGGGCCUGGAAAUCCUGAGUACUGUAAGGAGACGAUCCAGAAUAUACGGAAAGUUGUGUGUGUGGAAAAGCCCAAACCUGUCUUUGGAAUUUGUCUUGGCCAUCAGCUGCUGUCUUUGGUCAUUGGUGCAAAGACAUACAAAAUGAAAUAUGGUAAUCGGGGUCAUAACCAGCCCUGCAUUCAUAAAGGAACAAACCGAUGUUACAUCACCUCUCAGAAUCAUGGCUUUGCUGUGGAUCCCAAGACUCUUCCAGAAGACUGGGACGUGCUCUUCACCAAUGCCAAUGACCAAACCAGCGAAGGCAUCGUUCAUAACCACAAACCACUCUUCAGUGUGCAGUUCCAUCCUGAACACAUGGCUGGGCCUGCAGACCUAGUCAGCCUCUUUGAUGUCUUUCUGGAUACAGUUAAAGAUGUUAAAGAAGGCAAAGUUGGGAAAUCAGUUAAGGAAAGACUGACCGAGCAUCUGACGUUCCCUGGAUCUCCUAAACCAGAAGAGUUUGUACGACCUCGUAAAGUUUUAAUUCUAGGUUCAGGGGGGCUUUCUAUUGGACAGGCGGGAGAGUUUGACUAUUCUGGAUCUCAGGCUAUAAAAGCUCUAAAGGAAGAGAAUAUCCAGACUGUUCUCAUUAACCCAAACAUUGCCACGGUGCAAACCUCAAAAGGUCUGGCAGACAAAGUCUACUUCCUCCCAUUAACACCAGAGUAUGUCAUACAGGUGAUAAAGAAUGAGCGUCCAGAUGGUGUUUUGCUCACAUUCGGAGGGCAGACGGCCCUAAACUGUGGCGUGGAGCUCACCAAACAGGGAGUGCUGGAGAAGUACAAAGUGCGUGUGCUUGGAACCCAAGUAGCCUCCAUAGAGAUGACUGAAGAUCGGAAGAUCUUCGUAGAAAAGAUGGAGGAAAUCGGCGAGCAUGUCGCUCCCAGUGAGGCGGCCAUGUCCGUAGAGCAUGCACUGGCUGCAGCGGAACGAAUUGGCUAUCCUGUCCUGGUCCGUUCUGCGUUUGCAUUAGGUGGACUGGGUUCAGGUUUUGCUAAUAAUAAAGAGGAGAUGACAACGCUGGUCACACAGGCCUUUGCUCACACGUCACAAGUCCUUGUGGAUAAAUCACUUAAAGGGUGGAAGGAAAUCGAGUAUGAAGUGGUACGGGAUGCCUACGACAACUGUGUGACGGUUUGUAACAUGGAGAAUAUAGAUCCACUAGGAAUCCACACUGGGGAGUCUAUAGUGGUCGCCCCAAGUCAGACACUGAACGACUACGAAUACAAUAUGCUGAGAAACACGGCCAUCAAAGUUAUUCGCCACUUGGGCAUUGUGGGAGAGUGCAACAUUCAGUACGCCUUAAAUCCAGAAUCUGAGCAGUACUACAUCAUUGAAGUCAACGCUCGUCUCUCACGAAGCUCCGCGUUGGCCAGUAAAGCCACAGGUUACCCGCUGGCCUAUGUGGCGGCUAAACUUGGAUUGGGAAUACCUUUGCCUGUCCUCAGGAAUUCUGUGACUAAUUCCACAACAGCCAACUUUGAGCCCAGUUUGGAUUACUGUGUGGUGAAGGUUCCCCGCUGGGAUCUGAGCAAGUUCCUCAGGGUCAGCACCAAAAUCGGCAGUUCCAUGAAGAGCGUCGGAGAAGUAAUGGCUAUUGGUCGUAGCUUCGAAGAAGCCUUCCAGAAGGCUUUGAGAAUGGUCGACGAGAACUGUGUAGGCUUUGACCACACCAUCAAACCAGUCUCUGAAGAGGAGUUACAAACACCCACAGACAAGCGCAUCUUUGUUCUGGCUGCGGCCCUGCAUGCUGGCUAUACUAUUGAGCGUCUCUAUGAGCUCACCAAAAUAGACCACUGGUUUCUCCACAAGAUGAAAAACAUCACGGACCACGAGAAGCAUCUCCAGAUGUAUAACCGGGACAGCGCUAUGCCACCGGAAGUGAUGAGGAAAGCCAAGCAGCUGGGCUUUUCGGACAAACAGAUUGCCCAAGCUGUCCAAAGCACUGAGCUGGCUGUGAGGAAGAUGAGGCGGGACUGGAAGAUCCUUCCUGUGGUCAAACAGAUUGACACGGUGGCUGCCGAGUGGCCUGCCCAAACCAAUUAUCUGUACUUGACCUAUCAUGGCUCGGAAAGCGACGUGUUCUUCGAAGAGCCCCAUGUUAUGGUAAUCGGCUCUGGGGUGUACCGUAUCGGAAGCAGCGUGGAGUUUGAUUGGUGUGCUGUUGGAUGUAUUAUGGAGCUGAGGAAGAUGGGAUACAAGACGAUUAUGGUGAAUUAUAAUCCAGAAACAGUGAGCACAGAUUAUGAUAUGUGCGAUAGACUCUACUUCGAUGAGAUCUCUUUUGAGGUUGUGAUGGACAUCUAUGAGAUGGAGAACCCAGAGGGUGUGAUCCUGUCCAUGGGUGGACAGCUGCCCAACAACAUUGCCAUGGCUCUGCACAGACAGCAGUGUAGGAUCUUGGGCACUUCACCCGACUUCAUUGAUUCUGCGGAGAACCGCUUUAAGUUCUCCAGGAUGUUGGACACAAUAGGAAUUAGUCAGCCCAGAUGGAAAGAGCUGUCUGAUACUGAGUCUGCCAUGGGUUUCUGUGCGACGGUGGGAUAUCCCUGCUUGGUGAGACCAUCGUAUGUUCUCAGCGGAGCUGCUAUGAACGUGGCUUUUUCUGACAGUGAACUGGAGAAGUACCUGGGCAGCGCUGUGGCUUUGUCUAAGGAACAUCCUGUCGUCAUCUCCAAAUUUAUUCAGGAGGCCAAGGAAAUAGAUGUGGACGCUGUGGCUUGUGAUGGAGCGGUCAUCGCCAUCGCUGUAUGUGAGCAUGUGGAAAACGCAGGCGUGCAUUCUGGAGAUGCCACGCUUGUGACCCCUCCUCAGGACAUCAACCAGAAAACCAUGGAACGCAUUAAGAUGAUCGUUCACGCUAUCGGCCAGGAGCUUCAGGUUACCGGACCCUUUAACUUGCAGCUGAUUGCCAAGGAUGACCAGCUGAAGGUGAUCGAAUGCAACGUUCGAGUCUCGCGCUCCUUCCCCUUCGUGUCCAAAACGCUUGGUGUUGAUCUUGUUGCCCUGGCAACAAGAGUCAUAAUGGGAGAGGAAGUUGAGGAUGUUGGGUUGAUGAAUGGAAAUGGAAUUGUGGGAGUUAAGGUUCCUCAGUUUUCCUUCUCACGGCUGGCUGGAGCAGAUGUGGUUUUGGGUGUCGAGAUGGCCAGCACUGGAGAAGUGGCGUGCUUUGGAGAGAACAGAUAUGAGGCCUAUCUAAAAGCAGUAAUCAGCACUGGCUUCAAAAUUCCCAAAGAGAAUAUUCUUCUUUCCAUCGGUAGUUUUAAGGCCAAGAGUGAACUACUGCCCACAAUCAAGACUCUGGAGACUCUUGGUUAUAACUUGUAUGCCAGUUUGGGCACCGCUGACUUCUACACUGAACAUGGAGUUAAGGUGAUGGCCGUGGAGUGGCCUUUCGAAGAGGAGAGUGACUGUCCGAACAAAGACAAGCAGAGGAACAUCAUGGAUUAUCUGGAGGAGAACCAUUUCGACUUGGUCAUCAAUCUGUCCUUGAGGAACUCCGGUGGAAGACGUUUGUCUUCCUUUGUGACCAAAGGUUACCGCACACGACGAAUGGCCAUCGACUACUCUGUACCUCUCAUCACCGACAUCAAGUGCACCAAGCUUUUCGUUAAGGCACUGAGGCAGAUUGGUCGCGCUCCUCGUGUAAAGACAAAUGUGGACAGUAUGACCUCACAUAAGCUCAUCUGUUUGCCUGGUUUGAUUGACAUCCACGUGCACCUGCGUGAGCCUGGUGCCACCUAUAAAGAGGAUUUCUCCUCGGGCACAGCUGCUGCGCUGGCUGGAGGAAUCACUAUGGUGUGUGCCAUGCCAAACACCAACCCGGCCAUCAUUGACCCGAGCUCGUUCGCUAUGGCACAGAAGCUUGCCAAGGCUGGGUGUUGCUGCGAUUAUGCGCUUUUCGUGGGGGCUUCAUCAGACAAUGCUACACUUCUUCAAUCCAUUGCAAGUUCCACAGCUGGUCUUAAGAUGUACUUGAAUGACACGUUCUCCACUUUGAAAAUGGACAAUGUUUCUCUGUGGAUGGAGCACUUUGAGAAGUGGCCGAAGCACUUGCCCAUCGUAGCCCAUGCUGAGAAACAAACUGUGGCGGCUAUACUGAUGGUAGCACAGCUUUAUCAGCGAUCCGUUCACAUCUGCCAUGUUGCCAAGAAAGAAGAGAUUUUGAUCAUCCGAACUGCAAAACAAAAGGGGAUCCAGGUGACGUGCGAAGUAGCUCCUCAUCAUCUCUUUCUGUGUGACGAUAAUGUGGCUACCAUUGGGGACGGUCGGGCGCAAGUACGGCCCAUGCUGGGUACACGAGAGGAUAUGGAGGCGUUGUGGGAAAAUCUUGAAAUCAUUGACUGUUUUGCCACAGAUCACGCCCCUCAUUCAGUAGAAGAGAAAAACUCUGAGAAACCACCUCCAGGUUACCCGGGUCUGGAGACGAUGCUGCCUCUGCUUCUCACAGCCGUCAGUGAGGGGCGCCUUACCGUUGAUGACAUCAUCAAGAGGCUAUACGAAAACCCCAGGAGAAUAUUCUCCCUUCCUCCUCAGGAGGACACCUACGUAGAGGUGGAUUUGGAGCAAGAGUGGACGAUUCCCAAGCACAUGCAGUUCACCAAGUCAAAGUGGACUCCGUUUGAGGGCAUGAAAGUUAAAGGAAAAGUCAUGCGGGUGGUGCUUAGAGGAGAGGUGGCUUAUAUUGAUGGACAGGUGUUGGUACCUCCAGGUUAUGGUCAGGAUGUGAAGUCAUGGCCCACGGCCCCUGCAGGAGCAACAGAGCCAUUUAAGGAAGGACCCAUGCGUGCAAGUGAUGCCCUGACUCCUGACAGACCACCCCGUCCCGUACUCCCUUCUGAGGUGGUUCGUAACCAUGCAUUGAGCCCGCGCCGGUCAGUCGGAGAUGGACGGUUUAUUCUUCCUCCCCGGAUUCACCGCGCAUCUGAUCCCGGUCUGCCUCCAGGUUUCAAAAGAUCCACCAUAAAACCUCUAAAGAAGAUGGUAGAUAAAGAGGACAUUUCAUUAAGUACAUCAUAUGAUACAGAAUUGGCACCACCAUUGGAUGCAUCCAUGCCCCCUCCUCCUUUGUCCAGGAUCUUGUCACCUAAGGCUGGGUUGCAGCAGAUUGUACCUCACCUGCAGACGUCUCCAUUGCUCCACCCACUGGUGGGCCAGCACAUAGUGUCUGUGCGACAGUUUAGUAAGGAUCAGAUGUCUCAUCUGUUUAAUGUGGCACACACUUUGCGUCUCCUGGUGCAGAAAGAGAAAUCAUUGGAUAUUUUGAAGGGUAAGGUCAUGGCCUCCAUGUUCUAUGAGGUGAGCACUCGCACCAGCAGCUCAUUCAGCGCGGCCAUGCAACGUCUGGGUGGCACGGUGGUGCAUUUCAGCGAGUCCACGUCCUCCACGCAGAAGGGCGAAUCUCUGGCAGACUCUGUCAACAGCAUGAGCUGCUAUGCUGAUGUCAUAGUUCUGCGGCAUCCCAUACCUGGAGCUGUAGAGAGUGCAGCAAGACAUUGUCGGCGGCCGGUGAUCAACGCUGGUGAUGGGGUUGGAGAACAUCCCACUCAGGCUCUUUUGGAUGUCUUCACCAUCCGAGAGGAGCUUGGCACGGUCAAUGGCAUGACUAUUACCAUGGUUGGUGACCUGAAACAUGGGCGCACUGUGCAUUCUCUGGCUAGACUUCUCACUCAGUACAGAAUCACUUUGCGCUACGUGGCUCCGAAGAACCUCAGCAUGCCCGAUGAGAUCAUUGAAUUUGUGGCCUCCAAAGGCAUUAAACAGGAGGAGUUUAACAGCAUUGAAGAGGCUCUUCCGGAAACCGAUGUACUCUACGUGACUAGAAUACAGAAGGAGCGUUUCGCCUCUGAAGAAGAGUACAAAGCGUGUUUUGGCCAGUUCAUCCUAACACCACACAUCAUGACUGGAGCCAAAAGGAAGAUGGUGGUCAUGCAUCCUCUCCCAAGAGUCAAUGAGAUCAGUGUGGAGGUUGACACGGAUCCCAGGGCUGCUUACUUCCGACAAGCUGAGAAUGGGAUGUAUAUUAGGAUGGCACUGCUGGCCACUGUGCUGGGUCGGUGAGAAGGCCGUCGUGGUCCGGACAAUUCAUCAUUAAAGGGAAAUAUUGUGCCUGGCAGCACACUAGUUACAUUACUAGUUAAUAGUUUGUUAUGUGUACUCUCUGUACUGCUAAAUAAUUUUUAAUUGUGAUUUUCAGAAUGAAUAAAAUUAAACAAUUCUUUGAUUUAAUGGUAAUAUAAACCACAGUGGGGACGAAAUCAAGUCUUUCCACUUGAUUUCUGCUUGGUAAUUGAAUUCUUGUACUGUUUUUGUGCAACUCUCUCGAGUUUGGGGUCUUUCAUAGACGUGCCCGCUCACAAUUUCGUUUCAGAUUCAGCAGAACCGUUUAUGUAUUGCUCUCUUUUUGAAUGCAAUUGUGUAUUGCAAAAAUGCAGGUAUAUUAAAAUUACACAGUGUAUUGAAUCUUCUGACAUUCCAGAAAAUUAUUAUUAGGGGUCCAGCCUUUAAUAGCAUUACCUUCCUAAUGCAAAUAUUUGAGACAUAAUCUUAUCACUACAUUCCUGAUUGAAACUUGAAGAAUCGACCAGAUGUGUUGUAAUGCAACUGCUUUUGUAAUGUAUUUUAGACAAUAAAAACGUGCAUCUGUGA